AAGACAGUGCCACCUGGUACUUCAUCCAUGCUUCCUUGGCCCCAUAAAAAUUUCUCCACAUUCUUCUUCUCAUUUUAAUCAUACAGGAAAGAGAAAAGAAAAACACACACACACACACACACCCCCCCACCGUGUUUCAUUCUUGGUUUAAUUUCCGGGUUAAUCAUUUUGCUGUAUCUGUCGACCUAUGGGAACCAUAACAGACUCGUGUUGGAAGGUUCUUGUUUGUCGAUGUAAUUAUAGAGAUAAAAAAAAGUGGGUUUUUUGCCCUGGAAAUUUUGAUCAAAAGCGUGUUUUUGUUGGGUUAUCAUUCUCAACCUCUCUUCAGCGCAAGAAAUUUCAGCCCCUUAUUGCAGCUUCUGCUCUGUCAGAAUCAGAAUCUAAGAUACUGGUUGCAAGUGAAGAAACACAGAUAAAUGAUACAGACGAGCCCAAAACUGUCAAUGUCAGAUUCAAAUUACAGAAAGAAUGUGCAUUUGGCCAGCAUUUCCUAAUUGUAGGAGAUGAUCCAGUUUUCGGCUUGUGGGAUCCAUCAGAUGCAAUACCAUUGAAUUGGUCCGAUGGACAUGUAUGGUCUGUUCAGCUGGAUCUCCCUAUUGGGAAGGUGAUCAAAUAUAAGCUCAUACUGAAAGGAGUCCGUGAAGAAAUAUUGUGGCAGCCGGGCCCUGAUAGAGUUCUUCAAACAUGGGAAACGGAAAAGACGAUAACUGUUUCGGAAGAUUGGUACAAUCCCGAGCUCCAAAUGAUUAUGGAGCAGGAGGAACUCGUAACUCAUAUGAGUGAGGAACCUAUGAUUGAUUCAGAAUUAAUGCUGGAUGCUGAGAAUUUAACUCAACCUGUACAAGAGGAUGAGACUGAUGUAAAUAAGGAAAGUACGAGUGCGAAUGGCAAUUUUAGGCUCAUGGAGAACCCAUUGCCCGAUAAGGCUGCUGAAAUGGUUGCAGAUAACAUUACUGAGGAAAAGAGAGAACCAGAUUUGAAUACACGUGAUGAAGUGUCUGGUCCUGUGAGUGUGACUUGUGCAGAAAAGGAAGAGAGGGUUCUUGGAAAUGACGGCUCAGCGAUCAAUGGAAGUGACUCAUUGAGCUCGAGAGAUGAAGGAAGCCUAUUUCCUGAUGAAGGGGUUCCUGUUCUGGUACCGGAUUUGGUUACGAUGUCAACGGUAGAGAUUCGAGAAGAAUCGCUAAAGGAAAUGGAGAAAAAAAAUGCUGCUAAUGUUUUAGUUGAAUCUGAUAAAGUCAAGUUGUCUGAUUCACAAGAGGAAGAAUAUGCAUCUGCCUCAUUGCAUCCUACAGGAACUAGUGAGACAAUGAUCAAUAAGAAAAAAGAACUGCAUGUCAAUGAAUGUGCAGAGAAAACUAUCAUUAUCCAGUCGAAGGAAGAAUAUGCAUCUUCCUCGUACCAUCCUUCGGGAAAUAGUGAGACGAUGAUAGAUAAGAAAGAAGAACCGGAUGUCUAUGAACGUGUAGAGAAGCUGCAGCAAAGUCAAGAAGAAGAUAAUCCAAGUAAAGAGGAACUGCAAGAUAGUGUCUUGGAAAGUGAUUUACAAUGGGGUCGAAGAACUCUGCAGAAAUUCCUUGCUAACUUGGGAUUUCAGUAACAUUACAGAUGUUUCAAGGCUUCUAGCAGCGAAAGUUCAUUGAAAUUUUGAGAAAAUAGCAGCAGAGGUUGCCAAACUAUUGCCCGUGUUGCAUGUUUCGUCCCCCACUUUUAAAGAUAGAGCAUUUUGGUCUUUAAUCUUUCUCCUGUUGUACACUUAGUCUCCCAAUCUCUCUUUUGGGUGAAAUAUCUAUAUGUAUUGAUUCUACUGUUGCAUGGGAUACGUUUUGUACGGUUUGGAUAUGUCAAAUGUUAUUGCAUAUGUACCAUUACAAUUUCUGUGUCAUUUCCAAAGGCAAUGUACAGAAUGAGUGCAACAUUUCUAUUAUUA